AUGACGGAACGUGUAGAAUCAAGUGGUGCACAUUCACAAGCAUGGUUCACGGAUCAAAUUCUCCCGAAUACGGCUUUCACAACGAUUCUCACAAUCCGGCCUUUGGGCGAUCUCGCGAAAGUAGUUCCUGAAUUCCGAUGUCGAGUAGGAUUAUCGGCAAAGUUACCAAAAGUUGGAUGUAGCCCUGAAAUCUACAGUUGUCAUGUUUGUGCUGGAUACAUCCGCAAUCUCGGUGAACAAAAUUUUGGCUGA